AUGACCGUCUCAAAUGCCAAUGGAGGCUUGCUGCCCAUGAUGGAGGUCUUGCCCUCUGUCAAGUUCCAGAUUCCGGUUUGGGCACACAUAAUAAAUUGGAUGUUCUUUUCGAAUGUCACCAUCAUCUUCAACAAGUGGCUAAUAGACACUGCUGGAUUCACCAUUCUGCUUACUUGUUGGCACCUCAUCUACGCCACCAUUGCAACUCAAAUCCUCGCUCGCACGACGACACUCCUUGACUCCCGCCGCAACUUUCCCAUCUCCGGCCGUCUCUACCUCCGCACCAUUCUCCCCAUCGGCCUACUAUACUCCGGCUCUCUCAUCUGUUCUAAUGUCGUGUACCUCUACCUCUCCGUCUCCUUUAUCCAGAUGCUCAAGGCAGCUUCUCCAGUUGCUGUGCUGUUUGCUUCGUGGUCCUGGGGCGUUGCCGAGCCGAACCUCUCCAAAUUCAUCAACGUCUUGGUCAUUGUUUUUGGUGUUGCCGUGUCUAGUUUUGGCGAGAUUCAGUUUUCAUGGGUUGGCUUCUUCUUCCAAAUCGGAGGCACUUGCUUUGAAGCCGUUCGCGUUGUCAUGAUUCAAGUCAUGCUCAGCGGCGAAGGUCUCAACAUGGACCCCCUUGUCAGUCUCUACUACUAUGCACCUGUCUGUGCGGUUAUGAACUUCCUCAUUGCCCUCGUCAGUGAGAUACCCAAGUUCCAAUGGGAACACGCCGUCCAUGCUGGCUUUGGAAUGCUGUUCCUCAACGCUUCUAUCGCCUUCAUUCUCAACGUUGCCAGCGUAUUCUUGAUUGGCAAAACCUCAGGUCUAGUCAUGACCCUUACUGGCAUCUUCAAAAGCAUCCUGCUCGUGGUCGCUUCCGUCCUCAUCUGGUCCACUCAAAUCACCUUUCUCCAAACCGUGGGCUACACGAUUGCUCUUGCUGGACUCACCUAUUACUCUCUCGGCUACGACCAACUCGUCAGCCUUGGAACGGCGACACUUGCUUGGACAAGGGGAGGAGGAUGCUGGCUGGUCCUUCAUGGCAUGGAAGGCAUGGUCAUGGAGGUCAAGGAAGUCAAUGAUUGA